UUGCUCCCCCCCGCUCCUCAGCGGAGGGAGGAGUGCGCGGCCUGGGUGCCGCCCGAAGGAAGGUUCGGCGGGGCGAACCCACACAUAAUCAGGCAACCGAACCAAGAAGAAGCAGAGUAUUUGCAAAGGCUCCCAGCAUCUCAUGAAUGAACUAACGGAACCCGAUAAUGCUGGUUCUGCAGAGCCAGGUCUGCGGCUCAGAAAAGGACACAUGUCUGACACUGCAACAGCACACGCAGCCUUUGAAGAGGACAGCUCUGAGCAGAGCCUUCUUUUAGUGAAGCCACCUCUGUCUUCUGACCAGGAAAAUUGUUCUGAAGAAUAUAAACACAAUGAUGAGUCACCUCAAGAAGAUGAAGGGUUUAUGGGUAUGUCACCUCUUCUGCAAGCCCACCAUGCUAUGGAGAGAAUGGAAGAAUUUGUGUGUAAGGUAUGGGAGGGCCGAUGGCGAGUCAUUCCUCACGAUGUUCUGCCUGACUGGCUAAAGGACAACGACUACCUGCUGCAUGGACACAGACCACCCAUGCCUUCCUUCCGGGCUUGUUUCAAGAGUAUCUUCAGAAUACAUACAGAGACUGGUAACAUCUGGACACAUCUUCUAGGAUGUGUGUUCUUCCUUUGUCUGGGAAUUUUCUACAUGUUCCGGCCAAACAUGUCCUUUGUAGCACCUGUGCAGGAGAAAGUGGUUGUUGGGUUGUUCUUCUUGGGAGCCAUACUCUGCCUCUCCUUCUCAUGGCUCUUCCACACAGUGUAUUGCCACUCAGAGGGUGUUUCCCGGCUCUUCUCCAAGCUGGAUUAUUCUGGCAUUGCACUUCUCAUAAUGGGCAGCUUUGUACCAUGGCUGUACUACUCCUUCUAUUGCAACCCUCAGCCUUGCUUCAUCUACUUGAUUGUGAUUUGUGUCCUGGGCAUCGCAGCCAUAAUUGUCUCACAAUGGGACAUGUUUGCAACCCCUGAAUACCGGGGUGUAAGGGCAGGAGUAUUUCUAGGUCUGGGUCUUAGUGGGGUUAUUCCCACGCUGCACUUUGUCAUCUCUGAGGGGCUCCUGAAAGCAGCCACCAUGGGGCAAAUAGGCUGGCUGGCACUCAUGGCAUGCCUGUACAUCACUGGUGCUGCACUAUAUGCUGCCCGCAUCCCGGAGAGAUUCUUCCCUGGCAAGUGUGACAUCUGGUUUCACUCCCAUCAGCUGUUUCACGUCUUUGUAGUGGCUGGUGCUUUCGUGCACUUCCAUGGGGUUUCCAACCUCCAGGAGUUCCGUUUCACACUCGGAGGAGGCUGCACAGAGGAAGAUGGGAUGCAGUAGAACCAGCCUUCAGCCCAAGAUGUAACCAAAACAGUACCGCAAGCGCGGUUGCAGCGUGCAGGCUAGCAAAAUGAAUACCUAAGAAGAAUCCAAGCUUCAGCUGGUGGGGCGUGGAGCUUCGUGGGGGAUUCUGACUAACCAAGAUAAAUUCUAUACCUCAAGCAAUGGAAUGAAUCAAUUUGAAGACCAGGAAAUUCUGAAACCCUAACUUAUUCUUGGGAUCUACAGAAUGAGCUACAGAGGACCCUUUCCAAAUCGGCUUCUGUUCAAUGCCAUAUUUAUUUGUAGAAUUGGGGAGGGAUAGCUUAGCGGUUUCCUUUUUUUAAAAAAAAAAGAAAAAAAAUGAGGUUAAAUUUAUAUCCUCUUGGAGGGUUUGGGAGUUGAUUUUAGAUGCUCUUUUGGGAGAAAAAAAAAUUGUAAAUAAGAUUUCUAACUUUCUGUUUAAAUAAAAUUUAUAUAAAUGUUUUAAACAAAGGGUGGGGGGGGGAAGGGUUUUUGUAAAGAAUGCAACAUGCAAGUACCACACACUGUUUCAAUUUUGCACAAAAUAAAUGAUUGCAGGAGGACCAGGUAAAAUUUCCAGGAGUGAAGCAUAUUGGCCCUGCAGAUUUUCCUGGUGGCCAACAUGCCCUGGGCAAUAUGGGGUCCUGGCCAGCACUUGGAGUAGGUUCAGUAUGUGUACACAAGGAUUGUGAAGGCUGGAUUAAUCAUGUUGUCAUCCAGGUCACAGUGUUAACAAGUUUAUUUGCUUGUGUAGCUUGAAGAUUUAUCUGUGCCCUGCCUAAGCAUGUGGGACAGCUGCCUUCCAGGCUUCCAUGGCCUGUGUAGUACUGGGUUGUGGAUCUUAUAGUUGUUUUGGCUCUCAUCAUAUGAAUUGGAGCGUGGUGGGAUAACUGCACGUGGAAUGGCAAACAGUCCGACUCCGUCAGUGCCUGCCUGUUCCCAGGGGCCACCAUUGAGUAGAUGGUUGCCAUUUGCAGGCCUGCCCUGUUUUGUUGAACAAAUGAUGGUAAUGCAUUUGUCAGAAGAUAGUUGAGCAUGUGAGGGGAAAAGAGGUGGGGUUAAGAGGGACUGGGAAGUGGAAGCUGUGUGCUUCAGGACUUGGAGUUAACAGUUACUGCAGGCCUCAAGCACGGUACCUUCUCAUGGGUCAGGAUCUGUAUGCCAAGGGGGUUUGCAGUUUUUUCUUUUUAAGAAGGAAAAUCCACAAUCAGCCCAAUGCAGUUCCAUUUUUAAAAUUUUUUUAUUUACUAAGGUCUGCUUCCCAUCUGUGCUCUAGCAGUGGGACUGCUGGUAUUUCUUAAACCUAAAACUAAGAGUUCAGUUGGAUUGCUGUGGAGCAGAUGGCACCUCCUGUAUAAGGGGAGGCAUAUAACCUUCUCUUGUGUAAUUGAUGUAGCUUGAUCUUUGGAGCCUAAUCAGAAGCCAGAAUGAAGGAGAAUCUUUGGAGUCAUAAGGUGAAACUUGAAUGUUUUGUUUCUUAUGACACAGGUAUUGCUUGGAGUGUUUAAUUGGAAAUUCAAAGCAAUUACCUCUCAUGGAUGAGUUAAACAGCUCAUGAAACGCCGUAUUUCACAAGGAAGAAAGGUACAGCAUGGAUUUUUUGUUGUGGUGUUUUUUUACUUUGUUUUAAGACUCCUGCAAGUUCACCCUUCAAGAGAAAAAUGUAGAUUGUGAAGAUUUGCCAUACUCUGGAUAUUGCAGAGUGUGUUUUGGGGAGUUGCUUUGCCUAAUGGAGUCAAGUAGAAGCAGAAUGCCUUCUGAAAGUUUGACUGGAUGUUAAGGCUCCACCCCUCUAAUGGAAUCUUUGUAAAGCCUCUGAGAGCAAGGUCAGCUGCACAAAGAGGUGCUGCAGAGCUUAGAGGGACAUGUUCUCAGUAGGAUCACUACAAUGGAUGCCUGUAGGGCCAGAAGUUAUCACAGGUCUGUGAGGUACUAAAAAGAAUCAAAGAGCAGUAUUAACUUGGGCAUAAGGGCUAAUAGCACUGGCAUCUCAGACAAAGAUGUAGAGUUGCAUGGUAGGAAGUAUGCUGGUGUCUGAGAAGGGCCUGGUACAUAUCAGAAUCAGAGUUGUCUGUAAGGUGCUUUGGGAUACCUCUGUAUCAGUACCAGCAGAAGUUGCAGUCUCCAUCCUGGAUCAUCCCAUGUUCACUCCUCGAAGGGUGAUUGUAACCUGGUCCUACACAGCACAGAAUUAUUACAGAAACACAGUACUUCACCUGCUAUUCUUAACCCAGUCAGUCUCUCCUUUCCAGAAGUUUGUGUUCCAAUAAAAACAACUUAGCUGUGCACUUUUCUGUAGCUCUUGCUGAGAACUCUUCCCAGGUUGGCACCUGAAUGCCUUACUCUCAGCAGUCAGAGGCUUGCUUGCUCUGUGUGCAGGUUAUUGCCAUAGAAUAGUUAAGACCUACAGCUUCUUUCCUUCCCCAUUAAAUAGUGGCCUUGUUCAGUAUAUUUCUUUUUAAAAAUUGCUUACUGUUGAAAGCAAUGAAGCACAUUCUGGGUUUUUGAUGGUUGGGGACUCUGGUGAUGGUUCCAUAUAAGAUGGGAUCUUAUUACUUGCUGUAUUCUUAACUUCUGCUAAUAAAAGAACCAAAU